AUGCAGGCCAUAAACAAGGACGCCAAUUCAGUCCUUGAAGCAGAACAAGACGCAAAUGAAACUCAAGACUUGGAAGAUGACGACAAAUCGGUAAAAAUCAGUCCAUACACUAUGAUGGGUCGUAAUCGGAUAGGACUCUGCAGUAUGCCAAAGGAUCUUGAUGCCAAUAUCAUGGACACACUGCCAAGUGUUAAUAAAUCACUUCGAAAUGCUUCACAGGCAAUCUAUCUAGCAAGCAUGUCUCAAUCACGCCCAAACGACUAUUCGACACUGAUUAAACGAGUCAGUAAGAAGGGCACCACAAACAAAAUCGUGCCCGAACCGCAUGCCAUUCGAUAUGAUAAAGUGUCAUCCAAAGCAUACUUGUCAAGUCGAGCACAUGCAGCUUAUGGAGCAGCAGAUUUUGUUUUUAGAGAUAUAUCUCGCAGAAUACCGGAUUUUCAACCAACUAGCAUUCUUGAUUUUGGAACUGGUCCUGGAACGGCUAUUUGGGCUGCAAAGAACAGUUGGCCAAAGUCGUUAGAAACGGCAGUGGGAAUCGAUUCUUCAGAGGAGAUGCUUGAGCACGCUGACAAACUUUCAAACAUGCCAGAUUCUGGGAUAAAAGACUAUAAAGGAAUGCGUUAUUUAAACUAUAAAGAAUCGUUUUUAGAGCACGAAAAACAUGAUUUGGUAGUGGCUUCAUUUGUCAUUGGAGAACUCACAUCAGAUUUGAUUAUCAAAGCUACACUAAAAGCUUUGUGGGACCAAACUCGCGGAAUGCUUGUAUUAAUUGAUCGUGGAACACCCAAUGGAUUUCGACAUAUUGCAGAGGCCAGAGCCGCCAUUCUUGAAAUGGCAAAUAGUAACGAGCAGCUCGGAGCCCACGUUGUAUCUCCCUGCUCUCACGAGAAACUAUGUCCACUAUUGGUCAAUGGAAAAUCAUGGUGCCAUUUUUCCCAGCGUGUAUAUCGUAACGAAGUUGUACGAUCCAUCACUGGAUUUAAAAGCGCUGAUCAUGAGGAUAUAAAAUUCUCAUAUGUUGCUAUUCGUCGUGGUGCAAGACCCGCUGUUACACAGUCUAAACUCUCUACCAAAUCUGCUUUAACAGAUCUAUCGCAACUGUCCACCAAUGACAAAUCACUACUCCAAAAACUAUCUCUAAACUGGCCAAGAGUUACAGCACCUCCAAUUAAAAAGAAAAAGCAUGUAAUCAUUGAUAUGUGCUCGUCAGAAGGCCAAAUCCAACGAGUUAUUGCUACUAAAUUGAGCAGUCCGUUCUACAAGGACGCAAGGAAACUACAUUGGGGUGAUCAAUGGCCACAUCCACCGACAAGUGUGGUUCAGAUUCGCGCACCAAAUGCCGAUCCAGACAGUCAGGAAACUGACAAGCGUGGCUCGUCGCCCCAGCAAACUAGCGAAUGA